AGAUUUUUAAUCAAGUUUUUGUGUUUAUUUUAAUACAUUGUUGUUAAUUUUUACUCGAGUAUUCGCGCUAAUAAGAUGGCGCAUGUGCGACGUCAGUAUUCAGAACGCGCACUGUUGACAGUCUGGCAACAAUGUAAAAUUGUGGUUUUUCGUAUAUAGAACGAUGGGAAUGAUCAACAGGACUGUACUUACGUGCAUUGGAAAGAAUCGAUAUAAAAGCUUUGCUUAUUACUGAAAUUGUUUCAAGUGCUGUGCAUUUUAUAGUUUUUACUUAUACAUAUGCUUUGAGUUAUUCUUAUCUUAUCAGGCAUUAUCACAUAUAUAUGUAAAGAUCUAAGUAAUUUGAUUUUUACUUUAUUAUAAUAAAUAUGGCACAGAAAAGCUAUGGAAAUUGGAUAUACGAAAAAAUGCUUGGAGCUGGAGGAUUUGGUCAAGUUGAAUUGUGGAAGGAAAAAUACACAAAUAAGAGAAUUGCCAUAAAGAAAUGCAUGUUACCAAAAGGUAGUAUAACAGAUCGGCAGAUGGAGCGAUGGAAACAAGAGAUUGAAAAUAUGAAACACUUCAAUCAUCCAAAUAUUGUCAAAUCAGAGCAAGUUCCUCCAGAAAUGGUCUUAAAUUCACCAGUGCUAUGUAUGGAAUUUUGUAAUAAAGGUGAUUUGCGAAAGGUAUUGAGUAAUCCAGAAAAUAGUUGUGGAUUAUUACAAAAUGACGCCUUAACAGUUAUGAAAGAUAUUUCCUCAGCUGUUAUGUAUUUACAUUAUAAUAAUAUAACUCACAGAGAUCUAAAACCUGAUAAUAUUGUACUACAUGAAAAAAAUGGAAUGGUUGUUUAUAAAUUAAUAGACCUUGGAUAUGCAAAAGAACUUGGAAGCACAACAAUGACAGCAUCUCUAGUUGGAACAUUCAAUUAUGUUGCCCCAGAACUUUUUUGGAAACAAAAGUAUACUUGCUCGGUUGAUUAUUGGAGUUUAGGUAUUACAUUUUUUGAAGUUAUAAGUGGACACAAACCUUUUCAACCACAUAUACAAGAUUUACCAAAGUGGAUAGUUUAUAUGAGACAAAAUAAAACAUAUGAGCAGAUAUGUGCUCUUGAAAUUGGAGAAAAAAUUAAAUUCUACGAUAAUAUAAUUUAUCCUAAUGAUUUAUCAGAAAGUAUUUUAAAUAAAAUGGUUGAAUGGUUUCGAGUGGUUUUGCAAUGGAAUCCAAGGAAAAGAGGUAAACGUCCUGAUUCUGAUGAAGUUGUUGUGUUCCCCAUGUUGAGAGAAAUAUUUCCAUGGAAGACUAUCAGUAUAUUCUUUGUUUCAUUGUACCGAAUGGUUCAAUACACUGUAUAUAGUAAUAGUACCUUUGGUGAAUUACAGCUAUGGAUUGAACAACAAACUCGAAUUCCUAUCAAUAGACAAGUGAUAGCUGAUACAGCUGGAUUGGUGUUUAAUAGAAAUCAAAAUUAUGAAAGUAUUAACUUGUCAUCUAUUCCUCAAACAAUGUUAUAUGUGUAUGAUCACUGUAAUUUAGUACUAACAGAAGAGGUAUUAUCAGAUGGUCCUAAAAUUCCUGAAAUACUUGACACAAUGGUAUGUGAACCAACUGCAAUCAAGGAUCGUCCUUUGCUAAAACAAUGUUAUACUGCUAUUAUUUACAUUAUGAGAUAUGAAGUGAUGUUAUUUAAGCAAUAUACCUUCGCUUUAUGCACAAAAUUAGAUAUGAUCAUCGAACGAUCAAACGUUUUGAACAAUAAUAUCAAAACUAGUCUACCAGAAGCAGAAGGACUUUUAGCUGAAGUGAGCACAUCAAUAAGAUCAAUAAUACCCGAAAUUACACCUAGUGAAAUAAUGGGAUCAAUGAACAAUCUAUUUGAUAAGAUUCAAACUCUCUACAAUACUAUUAACGAAAUAAAAAAUGAUACAGAUCAUUAUAGUCAACAGAUGAAAGAAGCUUUUGAUACUGAACAAUUUUUGCAAAACAUAGAUAAAUACUCAAAAAUGUAUGAAGAGUUCUUAAAAAUGUAUCAAACUUUUAGCAAUGACGAGAAAAAGAGUCCUGACUAUAUUACUGAUCAAGUACGAGUACUAUCAGAAGUUUUUUAUAAAAUUGAUGAACAAAAAAUGCAGCAACUACAAGAUCCAACGGCGCUUAAAAUUAUAAGGCAAUUAGUUUGUUUUGAUGAAAAAAUCCAUUAUCAUCAUGAGGUAAUCAAUUCGUGCAUAAAAUUAAUAAUGUCUUAUAGAAACACAUUUUCUGGAUUGUUAGAUAACGUAAAUCAAAGCGUAAAUUUGGCACCCGAAAUUCCAAUAUUGCCAAAUAUGAAUGUACAACCGAUGGUGGGUAACAAUAUACCCAUUUAUGAUGACAUUGAAAUAAGAGACAACAUUGCUUUGCGUGCUGCGAUGGACCAGUACUUACAAGAUAUUCAACAAAACUGGCAAAGAAUGAAUUUAUAGAGGAUAAAAACAAAUAUAUUAGUUCAUAUAUAUUAGAGUUGUUAAAAUAAUAAAUACUUCUAUCCACCUAGUUUGUAUCCAUAAAUAGUGUUAUAGUAAAUCUCACAUAAAGGAGAGAUGAGACAUUGAAAUUAAUGAAAUGAAAGUAUAUAUUAAGGAUGUUAAAUUCGUUGUGAUGUUAAAUAAUUUGAUUUCUAUUUGAUUUUGUUAGUAACUCGUUGACAUUGUACAGUUUUUAUAAAGUUAUUAUAUUUUGUGGACAAAUGUUAAAAUAAGGAAUGUAAUGCAAUGUUUGUAUUGAAUAAUGCACUAUUUAUAUUUCAUAGUUAAAAAACUGUUGGAAAUACUUUCAUAUUUUCAUCAUCAAUAUUUUUAAUAAAAUUUAUGUUACAAAA